UCAAAACUUAUAGUAUCAAACAUGACCACAGAAAACCUUGACCAAGUGACGGGUUCAGCUUGUUUAGGCAGAAUAGGUGCACUCUAUGCCGUAAUUAAAGUGGAUCCAUCUAUUUUGGAAAACAUAGAUAAAAACCAAUUUGUACAAACUCCUUUGCAUAUCGCUGCCGUUAUGGGUCAACUCGAGUAUGCCAUUGAAAUUAUGAAUUUGAAACCUUCAUUUGCUACGAAGUUAAAUAAUCAAGGAUUUAGUCCCAUCCAUUAUGCUAUGCUCCGCCAAUAUAGGGAAAGCACCACUCCUCUUCCUAUGGAUAAUCGCCAAAUACUGAUGGUGUCUUACUUGGUUGGCAUCAAUAAAGAUCUUGUUAGAGUUAAAGGAAGAGAAGGCUUGACUCCACUUCAUUUAGCAGGUAAAAUGGGGGAGGUUGAACUUGUAGCUAAAUUCCUCACUGUUUGUCCGGAUUCCAUUAAAGAUGUAACUGUGAAAGGUGAAUCUGCAUUGCAUAUUGCUGCCAGGAUGAAACAAUAUAAGGCCCUUGAAUUUCUUCUUACGUGGCUCCAAGAAAAUUGUGGAAGAGGUGCUAAAAAGCUGAAAUGGGAAAUACUGAACCUGAAAGACUACAACGGCAACACUGCUUUGCACAUUUCAGCCCUUAGUAAUGAACCAAAGGUAUUCUCUUGA